AUGACUGACAAUAGUUCAAGUUUAAUAAACGAGCAAGACUCAAAGUUAACAAUGCAAGAUAUUACAUGGAAAAUGAUUGAAUCAGCACAAAUAAAAAUAAUAAAAGCGGCCUUUCGUCUUCGAUAUAGAAAAGAUAGUAAGCUUAUUAGUGAAUAUGCUGCUUAUGUAAAAAAUUUGCAUGGAAAUGAUUCAGAUAAAAAUUCUCAGGAUAGUUAUACUUCCAAUAUGACAACGAUUCCAGAAUUAACAGAUACCAUUACGGAUAUUUAG